AAAAGAAAGGCUGGUUUCGCGCAGGCCCCGCGGGCAGGAAGCCGCCGCCGCCACCGCCGGGGCUCGCCCGCCUCGCCCGCCCGCGGGGGGCACCGCGCUGGGGCUCGGGGCGGGGGGCAGCGCCCGGCUCGGCGGCCCCGGUGUGCCCCCCCCUUCUCUCCCUCCUUUUUCCCUUCCCUUCCCUCUCCUCCUCCUCGCUCCCUCCCUCCUUCCCGCUCGCCUUCCCUCCCUCCUCCCCGGUGCCGCAGCUGGAUUUCGGGGGCAGGCUUCCAGCGCUGCCCGCUUGUUUUUCCCGAGCCCGGGUGAGUCCCGCGCCGCGGCGGGAGCUGGGCGCCGCGCUCCGCCGAGCCGUGGGGGAGUGAUUUUGGGAAGAGGGUGAGGAGGGAGCCGGCGGGACCGUCCUGGGCACAGGCAGGAGGAGGAUGAACGGCGAAGCUGAGUGCCCUGCAGACCUGGAAAUGACAGCUCCCAAAAACCAAGACCGCUGGUCGCAGGAGGACAUGCUGACCCUCCUGGAGUGCAUGAAGAAUAACCUGCCCUCCAACGACGGGAGCAAGUUCAAAACCACCGAGUCCCACCUGGACUGGGAAAAAGUGGCUUUCAAGGACUUCUCAGGGGAGAUGUGCAAGAUGAAGUGGAUGGAGAUAUCUAAUGAGGUGAGGAAAUUCCGGACCCUCACAGAGCUCAUUAUGGACGCUGAAGAGCAUGUGAAGAAUCCUUACAAAGGCAAAAAGCUCAAGAAACACCCCGACUUCCCCAAGAAGCCCCUGACUCCCUAUUUCCGCUUCUUCAUGGAGAAGCGAGCCAAAUACGCCAAGCUUCACCCCGAAAUGAGCAACCUGGAUCUCACCAAGAUCCUGUCCAAAAAAUACAAGGAGCUUCCCGAGAAGAAAAAGAUGAAAUAUAUCCAGGACUUCCAGCGAGAGAAGCAGGAGUUCGAGAGGAACUUGGCGAGGUUCAGGGAAGACCACCCGGAUCUCAUCCAGAACGCCAAGAAAUCCGACGUCCCCGAAAAGCCCAAGACCCCCCAGCAGCUGUGGUACAACCACGAGAAGAAGAUCUACUUGAAAGUGCGUCCAGAUGUGAGUACGGCCACCACGAAGGAGGUGAAAGAGUCGCUGGGCAAGCAGUGGUCUCAACUCUCGGAUAAAAAGAGGCUGAAAUGGAUUCAUAAGGCCCUGGAACAGCGGAAGGAGUACGAGGAGAUCAUGCGGGAUUACAUCCAGAAGCACCCGGAGCUGAACAUCAGUGAGGAGGGGAUCACCCGCUCCACCCUCACCAAGGCCGAGAGGCAGCUCAAGGACAAGUUCGACGGACGACCCACCAAGCCCCCCCCGAAUAGCUACUCCCUGUACUGUGCAGAGCUGAUGGCCAACAUGAAAGACGUGCCCAGCACGGAGCGGAUGGUGCUGUGCAGCCAGCAGUGGAAGCUGCUCUCCCAGAAGGAAAAGGACGCCUACCACAAAAAGUGUGACCAGAAAAAGAAAGAUUACGAGAUCGAGCUGCUCCGCUUCCUAGAGAGCCUGCCCGAGGAGGAGCAGCAGCGAGUGCUGGGCGAGGAGAAGAUGCUGGGCAGCAACCGGAAAGGGGCGACGAGUCCUGCAUCCAAAAAAUCCUCACCAGAGACCGGCAAGGCCAGCUCGGAGAAGCCCAAGCGGCCCAUCUCAGCCAUGUUCAUCUUCUCGGAGGAGAAGCGGAAGCAGCUGCAGGAGGAGCGGCCGGAGCUGUCCGAGAGCGAGCUCACCCGGCUGCUGGCCCGCAUGUGGAACGACCUCUCCGAGAAGAAGAAGGCCAAGUACAAGGCGCGGGAGGCGGCGAUGAAGGCGCAGUCGGAGAAGAAGCACGGCUCAGAUAAGGAGGAGCGUGGGAAGCUGCCCGAGUCUCCCAAAACUGCUGAGGAGAUCUGGCAACAGAGCGUCAUCGGGGACUACCUGGCUCGUUUCAAGAACGACCGGGGCAAAGCGCUGAAGGCCAUGGAGGCCACUUGGAACAACAUGGAGAAGAAAGAGAAGCUGAUGUGGAUCAAGAAGGCAGCGGAGGAUCAGAAGCGAUACGAGAGGGAGCUGAGCGAGAUGCGGGCCCCUCCGUGCUCCACCAACUCCACCAAGAAAAUGAAAUUCCAGGGAGAGCCGAAGAAACCCCCGAUGAACGGUUACCAGAAGUUCUCCCAGGAGCUCCUGUCCAACGGGGAGCUGAACCACCUCCCGCUGAAGGAGCGCAUGGUGGAGAUCGGCAGCCGCUGGCAGCGCAUCUCCCAGGGCCAGAAGGACCACUACAAAAAACUGGCAGAGGAGCAGCAGAAACAGUACAAGGUGCACCUCGACAUCUGGCUCAAGAGCCUCUCGCCGCAGGAGCGGGCUGCCUACAAGGAACACAUUUCCAACAAACGCAAGAGCAUAGGGAAGAUCCGGGGUCCCAACCCCAAGAUGAAGCCAACGAUGCAGUCCAAGUCGGAGUCAGAGGACGAUGACGAGGAGGAAGAGGAGGAGGAGGAUGACGAUGAAGAUGAGGAUGACGACGACGACAACGGCGACUCGUCGGAGGAAGGCGGGGACUCCUCGGAGUCCAGCAGCGAGGAGGAGAGCGAGGACGGGGACGAGUGUGAAUGCCGAGUAAGUCACCAGAGUCAAAGCUUUACACCGGUGCAACUGAAAUCAGACUAUGCUGGAUGGCGCUGGGGGCAGAAACCGUGUCCGUGCCUUGUGCUCGCCACCGGACAGAACGACGAGGAUGAUGAGGAUGAGGAUGAUGAGGACGAGGAUGACAACGACUCAGAGGGCAGCAGCAGUUCCUCCUCCUCCUCGGGGGACUCCUCCGACUCCGACUCCAACUGAUCGGCCAAGCUCUUUGUAACGUCGUUUGGUUUCUCGGUUUCGGUCCCAAAUCCCCCCUGCAGCCCCUCAAAAUCCUUCCUCCUCUUCCUCCUGCCCCCCCGUGGGACCCCCCCAGCGCGGGGAGCGGGGGCCAGGGGGACCCCUCACACUACGGAGGGGGAUCAGGGGCUGCUCCCCCAGGCUGGGGGGCGAGGAGAGAGCCCCCCACCCCUGCCCCCUGCUUUACUCCUGAGGGGAAGCGAUUUUUUUUUUGGAAUUUCAUUCUUUCCAGGGGGGUGUCUCUCCAUCCUUACCCCCACAACCCCCUCGCUACCAGCUCUGGACUUUCUAGAAAGAGAAGAAAAACACACAGGAAAAACAAACCAACCAACAACUCCCCCCCACACCUUUUUUUUUUUAAUUAAAAAAAAAACCCCAGAAAUGGGAAGAAAAUCCCCGCGGGCGCGGAGCACGAGCCGAGGGGCUCAGGACUCAGCCGAUGGGACAAUGCCUCCUCACCACCCUCCCUGCGCACCCCCAGCACCCUGGGGGUCCUCCCCACCCCCCAAAAAACCACAAAAAACCCCUUGUACAGUCUGGAAGCUGCCCCGGGAGCUGCCCGGGAACUCCACAUCCACGGCACUUGGGGACGCCAGCCGGCCAGGGACGGUGACCCGCGUGUCCCCGGGGGGGUGGGAGGGGAGUGGCUGUGAGUGUGAGUGUGAGUGUGUCUGGGGGGGGCACCGGGGCCGCCCCCACCCGGGGCCGGCGGCUCAGCGUGACCAAGGGGGGGCGCGGGGUCCCCCCGCUCUGUUGUCGGUGGUUGUUGUGCCGUUGUAUUUUAUUUUAUUUUUUUUUUUCUUUU